CACGGUCAAGCUACAUUUACGCGGUUACAGUGCGUAGCGUGAUGCACGUAACGUAUUUACGUUAAUGUUAUUGUUUGAUUUUCUACUCGCGUACAUAUGAAAUGACACUUGAUGUGGGAUGGCACGGGGCUAAAUUCAAUAAAAAUUGUGUCAAACAGUGAAAAAGUGCAAAAUACAGUCAUUGCCGAUACGAACCACACGUACAGGCACGUCCGUGUGUAGGAAAAAAAAGAACAAAUACAUCCCUGAAGCUCGAUUGGAAAACCCCAGCAGAGAAAAGGGAAGGAAAAACGCUCCUCCGCGGCAGGUAGCAGCAGUUUUCGGCAAAGGAUGGCAUUCAGCGUGCUAAACACGGUCGCAAGGCGUACAGCCGCCAAUGUUUAUGUAACCGGUGGUGGGCUGCUGAAAAAUGUCGCCGCUUUAUAUAAUGCGCGCCAACCGUCCCGUUCCGCCGGCAAAUGGUUCCCGGACGAGGAGUUUAUCGAUCAGUUUAAGGGACCGGUCAUGUAUCCGGAUGAGGUGACCUCGCGCUGGAAGCUACCGCCAUGGAACAGCAAGAUCGCACCGGUGGAGAAGACGGUACGGAACCUAAGCCUUAACUUUGGGCCCCAGCAUCCGGCUGCGCACGGUGUGUUGCGGUUGGUGCUGGAGCUGGACGGUGAGACAGUGAUGCGUGCCGAUCCGCACAUUGGGCUGCUGCACCGUGGUACCGAGAAGCUGAUCGAGUACAAGACGUACACACAGGCGUUACCGUACUUCGAUCGUCUCGACUACGUGUCGAUGAUGUGCAAUGAGCAGUGUUACUCGCUCGCGGUCGAAAAGCUGCUUAACAUCGAUAUCCCGCUACGGGCGAAGUACAUUCGGGUGCUGUUCGGUGAAAUUACACGCAUCCUGAACCACAUCAUGGCGGUCGGUACGCACGCACUGGAUGUGGGUGCCCUAACACCGUUCUUCUGGCUGUUCGAGGAGCGCGAAAAGAUGAUGGAGUUCUACGAGCGUGUGUCCGGUGCCCGUAUGCAUGCCGCUUACAUCCGGCCCGGUGGCGUCUCGCAAGAUCUCCCACUCGGACUGCUCGACGACAUCUACGAGUUUGCGUCCAAAUUUGGCGAACGGUUGGACGAGGUGGAGGAUGUGCUGACGACCAACCGUAUCUGGGUGCAGCGCACGGUUGAUAUCGGUGUGGUAUCGGCCGAGGAUGCCCUAAACUACGGUUUCAGCGGUGUUAUGUUGCGCGGUUCCGGCAUCAAGUGGGAUCUGCGCAAAUCCCAACCGUACGAUGCGUACGAUCUGGUGGAGUUCGAUGUGCCGAUCGGUACGAAGGGCGAUUGUUACGAUCGCUAUCUGUGCCGCAUCGAGGAGAUGCGUCAGUCGCUGCGCAUCAUCGACCAGUGCCUGAACCAGAUGCCGGCCGGUGAGAUUAAGACGGACGAUGCGAAACUAACGCCACCGUCCCGUGGGGAGAUGAAACAUUCGAUGGAAGCCCUCAUACACCACUUCAAGCUGUUCACGCAAGGUUAUCAGGUACCGCCCGGUGCGACGUACACCGCCGUCGAAGCACCGAAAGGUGAAUUCGGGCUUUACCUCGUGUCGGACGGUUCCAGCCGACCGUACCGUUGCAAGAUCAAAGCACCCGGAUUCGCUCAUCUGGCCGCGCUAGACAAAAUCGGCCGCCAUCACAUGCUGGCCGAUGUGGUAGCGAUCAUCGGUACGCUGGACGUAGUGUUUGGCGAGAUUGAUCGUUAAACAGUGUUUUAACCCGCGUUACGAGGAUGGGGGGCACAACCGGGUUGCAAUAGCGUUAUACUCCUUUCGCCCACUGUUUUUUUUUGUCCGUUAAAAAGCUAGAACUUAAACGAAACCAAUCGAGAAAUCGUACUGGCGCGACCCCACAUGAACAACGGUGCGAAAAGCUAGAUUAUUGUCGUCGAAAAAUCGAAACGAACACUCACAAAACAAACAAACGCUUUCCUCGCGGUUUGCUGUUGUAAAGAUUGAGUUAUUGUAAAUUGAGAAUAAAUAAUAACACUAAAAAUAAAA